GUAGAAUUCCGCUUGUCUUUUAAUUUUCCCCAUCAGUCAUCAUGAUGAACAUUAUAGGAGCUCGUCUCUCUCCAGAAACUAGAGCCUCUAACGAAACUCGCGACAUUUACCUUCCCAAUCAAACAGAACAAGUUUCUCAAAUUGCCAUUGACAUUGGAGGCUCGUUGACUAAAGUUGUUUACUACACGUCCACUCCAGGCAUACAAGGCGGAAAGCUUCAUUUUACGCGUUUCGAGACAGACUGUUUAGAUAACGGUAUCGAAUUGGUGGUACGACUAUUGCAAGAGUCACAAAAAUCCACACGGCCCAACCUCACUCCACAUGUUGUGGCAACUGGAGGCGGCGCACACAUGUACUAUGAAAAGUUAAAGCGAGCUUUUCCAGGAAUACCCAUUCGGAAAGAAGAUGAGAUGGAAUGCCUCAUAAUAGGUCUCAAUUUCUUUAUCCAACAGAUACCCAGAGAAGUAUUCUCAUAUUCAGAAGCGACAGGCAUGUGUUUCGAAGAAACGCCAAAGGAUUUGUACCCGUACAUGUUGGUUAAUAUUGGUAGUGGAGUCAGUAUUCUGAAAGUUACUGGCCCUGGCGACUAUGUUCGCAUCAGUGGAACGUCGCUCGGCGGCGGUACACUAUGGGGCCUCCUGUCACUAUUGACAGAUGCGAAAUCUUUUGACGAAAUGCUGGAGAUGUCCCAACACGGUGACAAUCGCAAUGUAGAUCUGCUUGUUGGAGAUAUAUAUGGAUCAGACUACUCUAAGCUGGGGCUCAAGUCAUCCAAAAUUGCAUCAAGCUUUGGUAAAGUGUUCCGAAAAGGCGAGAAAAUAGAGCAAAAGUCUUUCAAGUCUGAAGAUAUUUCUAGAAGCUUGUUGUAUAUGAUCAGCAACAACAUUGGUCAGAUUGCCUAUUUGAACGCCCAACAGCAUGGAUUGAAAAGAAUUUAUUUUGGAGGAGGCUUUAUUCGAGGUCACCCUGUUACAAUGAACACAUUAUCGUAUGCAAUCAACUUUUGGUCACAAGGCAAUAUCAGGGCUCUCUUUUUGCGACAUGAAGGAUACCUAGGAGCUGCAGGCGCGGUAAGGAUGACGUUUCAUUAUCCUCAGUAGAAAAAAAGCAUAGACUUAACACAAACCGAUUUCCCAUUCCCCUCCUGGAUUUAGUUCCUCAAACAUCAAUUAAAUUCUGAGCCUGGUUCGGACAAACUGGUAUAAGAAAAGCAAAUUAUAUCGCUCUUCAUGCAUUCCUCGUUCUAAGCACUGCUGGCCGGGUGUAGCUCCAUUGUACAUAGAUAUUCGAUAGAAAGAAUAACAAACAAAAAUUAAAGACGGAAGAAACUAUAAACGGAAGUGAAAGCAG